UUCACUCGGCUUUCCUUUCCUUUUUUUUUACUCUGCUGCUGUUGCUGAAAAGAGGAAUACACAUUUUCUCUCUUUUUUUUGCAUGACGACUAGUUAAAUAAUGCUGCUCUGAUUUUAAUCGGAGCGAGGAGGGGACUUACUCGGUUUCAUUCACAUGUUAAAAGGAGAAAGUCUCAGCUGUUGAAGCGCUGUUUUCACACAUUUUUUUUUGGAUACGAGAGGAAUUUCGCACCUGGAUUCCUUCUAAUUGAGGACAACAUGCCUCAGACACCACCGUUUACGGGGCAGCUGGGAACCGGCAGCUACAACAAGAACCUGUAUCAGACCAAGGAGGAAGGCUACGCCGGCCUCUAUUAUCAUGACAACAACCUUGCGUCCGGAUCCUUGGAGGCUCUUAUUCACCACUUGGUCCCAAACGUAGACUAUUAUCCAGAUAGGACGUACAUCUUCACCUUCCUGCUCAGCUCGCGUCUUUACAUCCGCCCAUACGAGCUCAUGUCUAAGGUGUGUCACCUGUGCAUGGAGCAGCAACGACUCAGCGAUCCCCAAGCUGACAAGAUGAGAAUUAGGAAGAUUUCUCCUAAGAUCCUCCAGCUACUGACAGAAUGGACGGAAACCUUCCCCUACGACUUCAGGGACGAGAGGAUGAUGCGCAGCCUGAAGGAGCUGACCCACCGGCUAGCCAAUGGAGACGAGGUUUACAGAAAGGCGGUCAGCCAGAUGAGCCAGGGCCUGAUCAGGAGGUUGACGGUGCUCAGCCAGUACGAGGAGGCGCUGAUCAAGAUCAACGCCACGGCGGCCGAACGGCUGACGGCUCUUAAAGCAAAGCCCCAGGCAUCCAUCCAGAGAGACAUGUUGUCCAUCUGCAACGACCCCUUCACUGUCGCCCAGCAGCUCACGCACAUAGAACUGGAGAGACUCAGUUACAUCGGACCUGAAGAAUUCGUCCAAGCCUUCGUCCAGAAAGACCCGCUGGACAACGAUAAGAGUUGCUUCAGUGAUCACAAGAAGGCCAGCAAUCUGGAAGCUUAUGUUGAAUGGUUCAACAGACUCAGUUAUCUGGUGGCCACAGAGAUCUGCAUGCCUGUGAAGAAGAAGCAUCGAGCCCGAGUCAUCGAGUUCUUCAUCGACGUGGCACGAGAAUGCUUCAACAUCGGCAACUUCAACUCACUCAUGGCCAUCAUAUCUGGGAUGAACAUGAGUCCCGUGUCCCGGUUGAAGAAGACCUGGAGCAAAGUCAAGACGGCCAAGUUCGACAUCUUAGAACAUCAAAUGGAUCCUUCCAGUAAUUUCUACAACUACAGAACAGCGCUGAGAGGAGCCACGCAGAGGUCGAUCACAGCCAACAGCAGCAGAGAGAAGAUUGUCAUCCCUUUCUUCAGCCUGCUCAUAAAAGACAUCUACUUCCUCAAUGAGGGAUGUGCCAACAGGCUGCAGAACGGACACAUCAACUUCGAGAAAUUCUGGGAAUUCGCCAAACAAGUGAGUGAGUUCAUGACUUGGAAGAAGGUGGAGUGUCCCUUUGAGAAGGAUCGCAAGAUCCUGCAGUACCUGCUGACCGCUCCAGUGUUCACUGAAGAUGCUUUGUAUCUGGCGUCGUACGAGAGCGAAGGUCCUGAGAACAACAUGGAGAAGGACAGAUGGAAGUCUCUGAGAUCCACUCUGCUAAGCAGGGUCUAAAAAACCUCUAAGCUACAGACACCAGAAACGAAGACAAACCUCCCUUGACAAAGUGAGCUGUUCUCAGUCGACGUCGCUGUUGAAGUAUCCCCGUGUUGGAAGGGAAACGACAAUCUCUACUUUGGCUGGCGAGGACCCUUUUGUGUUCCCCUCC